GGAAGUUUUUGAUCCCCCCCACAUGCCCUUUUCGACGUUGUCCCCCAUUGCCUUUACUAGGGUCUUACAACAUCAAGAACAACCAUCAUCGAGUCUAUGAAAAAACAAGUAGCUCAUCGAAGAUCUGCCGAAUGUCAUGUCAGUCUGGCGUACUUUUUUCUUGCUGUAUUCCAUCCCAUCUGAAGAAAUUAGCGCAGCAUUGAUGUAGAUGAUCUGAACCUUAUGGAGAAUUGACCUAGUAUUCUUGUUACUGGCACAAUUUUCAGCACGACCACGAACAUGAAACGAGAACGUGAAGAGUGCGAGCGUGGUCUGAAGAGCUGCUCCGACUGGGUCUGCUCAUCUGGAGCGCCGUAGCCUUGCGUCCUCCGACGCUGUGUAGACACCAAGGUGUAGGACCUUGGUGACGCCGACUCCUGAGACGCGCUACAACGAGUAGUCACCUGCCUCGACUGGGUUUUAUCUAUAGCCAGAAAGUACUAGCCUGAUCAUCUGGCGCUUGUGAAGAAUUGUUCGACUACUUCGACUUCGGUGACCUCGCGCUCGCGAAAGUAAGAGCAGUAGAACGCGCUCAGUGAAGAUCGAAUAACUAAGUCCCUUUUCAUGACGUGGUCACUGUUCGUGUUCUUCACAAGUGCGCAGCGAGGGUGAUGUAGUCUUGAAAGUAGAAGUACUUAGAAAAAGUAAGUAGCUACAUCAACGAGAACGAGCGAUUCGGCUGCUGCAGGGGAGGCUCCCGAGGAGCUGAUCAUCCUCUGCUCUUGGUAAGACAACAAGACCGUCCAAAAUUUUGCCUACAAGAAGAAGCGGCGCAACGUGCAGAACGGGGUUCAUCUUUCUCACUAAAACAACGAAGUGGCAGGAGUUGAACACCUUUCUACAACGAACACCUUUCUUCUACUAAGUACAACUUGUUCUAGAAGUAGUACUACAACAACAACUACCCAAGAACAUACAAGAACAUCAUCUAGAAGUAGUACUACAACAACUAUAAAUACCACCUAGUACGUAGUAGAAGUUGUAGUACCAGCACAACCACUCCAACUUCUCCAACAAGAUGCCGAGUGUUCCACGAGAGGUGCUAAAGUGGAUGCAGGGUAUGUGCGUGACGCACAGUAUAAAAGACCCUAAGUUCGAUCUGGCGAAUGGCUAUCUCAUAGCGCAGCUUUUCGAACGCUACUACCCAAAGGAUGUUCGAAUUUAUAUUAUGGCUGCAAAUAUGAAUGUGAAUGUGAAUCAAGAAUGUGAAGAUCUUCAUUAUGAUACGUCAGUCUCAGUUGUGUGAGACUCAUCUAGAUCAUGAAAGGACUCAUCUGAACCUGAAGAUGGACCACUGUUCACCCUCACUUCUUCUAACUCGAGUUACGAAAACGGUCAAUCAAUAGAGUGCAGAAGUAACAACUGGGAGAUGCUUUUUCGCGUCUUCAAGAAGGUGAAGAUGCCUUGCACAAGGGAAGAGUUUGACGAAGUGCUACAUCAUGUGGACGACGCAGCUGUCCUCUUUCUCUGCAAAAUCUACGAAUUUCUUACGGGGAAAAAGGUACUUGCGUUACUUCCCACUACAACCACGUCUAAAAAUCUCCUUUGUGACGAGGUAGGAACUCAUUCGCUUCCAGUACAGCAUGUUAUUUCCUUCGUGAGGUAGGAACUCACUCGCUUCUAGUACAGCAUGUUCUACCAUCAUCUUCAGUACCCACGCACCUCGUCCUCACCCCACUGCAGGUAACCCUCUUCCAAUCACCGGAGAAGCCAAAUCCACCUCCGUUUGCAAGGGAAACGGCUAGUUGGAAGCUCAAGGACCCUCACUUGGAGCGAAUCGAAGACAAUAUUCAUAGAACAAUUUUAUGGCUCGUAGUUGAUCCCUCAGUAAGAAGAUAGUCUACACAUGAAUAAAAUGCUAGUAGUAAGUGUCAUCUAUGUACUAAGUAGUUGUGCUACACAUUGAGUAUCGCGGAUAAGACGUGUAGAAGAAGAUGUCUUGUGAACAUAGAACAUGAUGGAGGAAUAAUCAGCAUCAGGUGGACCACUAGUACAUGAAAGAAAAAGUAUCAAACAUAAAAGAAAAGAUUUCAACCAUGGCUUUUCUAAUUCUCAGAAGAAUACACGUCCUUGAAAAACACAAUGACGAUCUCGCGAGGGAUCGGAUAGGGCCGGAUGGAGAUGGUACCUAUCAGAUUUUCUAGCAUGAUUGACUUUUUUAUUUUUUUAGAUUAUUGAGUUUCAUCAAGAUGAAACAGUCAGCCAGAUUCUGACUUUUCAUCCUGCUCCUGGUUGUUUUUCUGUCAUACCUAGUCAACGUUGUUGUACCUGGUACUUCAGGAUGUGGCUUCAUCCCUAUCUCUUGUUUGUCGUGUUAUAUUAAUCAGGUGUUCGGAGAUAUAUCGCAAUAGCGCAGAAGCACGAUGAAAUGCACACUCUGGAAAGCAGGAAAAGCAUGAAGAAAGACACAGGAGCAGAAGAGCAGACCGACACACACGGAUCCGUUCGAGAGCAAACUGUGAAUGCUCUAGCAAGUGUGCCUGGAGCAAUGGCCAGUCAAGGAGGGGCGCCGUCUAGUGCAGCGCCAUCGGGAAAUAAGAAGAAAGUAGCGAGAACAGCUUCGGUGGUUGCGGAAGUAGGAUUCAAUCAACCGGCAGGUAAACAUGGCUUAAUCAUGAUAGCAUUUUCUGUUUGCAAAUCUUUAUCGAUCUCUCCACCCAAUCCCAAACCACCAAACCACCAAACCAGGCGUCGUCAAGCCUGUCCUCGACAUUGUGAGACCUUUGAUUUUGACUGAAAUCGACAACUCGCAUUUCCCCGAAGCCGCAGAGCCGGUUGCGGCUUUCGUGGAUGCCGCAGUUAGAGAAGCACUACCGGAAGCAGUAACAGUCAGACUAUUCAGAGAAAAGCUGACGGCUAGGGCACACCUCUUUGUCGACUCAAUGCUGAAGAGCAGCAUAGAGUUCUGGAUAGUUUGGUCAGUUUUCUUACCAAUCCUCCAAGAACCAGUAGCGGGAUCGCCAAUGUUCGACGCGGUACCGUAAUUUGUUCAAUGUCGUUGUCGUGCUGUUGAGCUCCUUGAUUUGAUUUGAUUUGAUUUGAUCUGUUUUCUUACUAGGUCCUCGUAGCUGUACUUCUUCUUGACGGUCGUUAUUGAAUUCCCUACUAUAUCGACGUAAGUGUAAGUACUUUUUACUCAUCCCACUCUCACUCUCAGGGCAUGGACUUUUGGCGACGAAUAGGCACAUUGUGCAAACAGCGGAACGAAGCACUUACACAAAAGUGCAUGCUUCACGUCUGCUUACCCUACCUAGUGCAGAUAAUGCACAGCGAUUGCGCAAAGAGGGAUCCACUUUGUUAUGUUACCGAACACUUAUAGUUCCUGAGUACUAGAAGACUUAACAGAUAGAUGUAGACCUGAAAUAGAAAGAUGAACAGCUUCAUCUACUUCGAGAAUAUUUAAAAAUACCACAAUCUCAUCGACGAGUGCCUCUUCCACUUCUAAUAUCCCGAACUAGUCUACACUUUUCUCCCUGGCGACAUUUUCGCUGAAGUUAGCGGCUCGAUCCCACUGCCACGUGCGGUCGCACGCCUUCAGGCACUGAAGAGUGUGAAAGACGUCUUGAAUGAACGUUUGGGGGACAAGUUCGUGAGCAGUUACGUUCCCUGUCUAGCCUGCUUCGUCGACUGGGAUUGCUCACCCUCACAACCACUGAUCGAGCACUUACUCGAUCUCUACCUCUACUACGCGAUGUUGGCGAUACAACUACCUCAACCAAAACUGAGGACAGCUGGACUCAGUGUUUUGACGACUAUUGCGGGCAGUGGGUAUAUCAUCCUGCAUGAAAUAGUAGAUGAAGUAUCCAGAUCCAGAUCAUGAAUGUCUCUCACUAUAAAAACUAGACAAGGAUCAUUUCUCAAGUACUCUAAAUCAAGAAUUUGCACUUAUUUUCCAGUAGAAUCCACGACACUAAGCUGCACUACCACCGAGGACACUGACUCAGGUCAUCACCAGCCGUGUUGAACAUGAUCCCAUCGUUGAAGGGCCUCAUGUACGAUACCUGGUGGGAGGUGCAAGGCUCAUUGCUGGUCCUAGUUUCCACCUUAUUGUCCAAAUCCCGGCCAACAUCCGACGGCUUCUGCGCACCAGCUGAACAAGACCUCUACCGCAUCAUCGCGCACAUUCUCCAACCACAAAAAGUAUCGAAAAACGUCCUGCAGAUCGGGCUUUCCUACUUGAGUAGGAACCUCGCGACGUGUCCGGAUUUGGCUCUGUUGUACGUGCAGGCGUUAGUGGCUCAACCAGCGUCGCUUAGGAAUCGCCUGUUGCCGAAAGAGUGCUGUCUUCCUGGUACAAGAGAUCAUGAGGAGCGAGUGACCUUUGCCGAAGCAGCUCAGCAACCACCACAGAAAACGCAGUACGUGUUGGGAUGCAACUCGAAGUACUUCCGCGAGUUCCAGAUCUUCAAUCCAGGGGGUAGCGGUGUAUCAAGUGGAAGUGGAGUUAAGAAGGGUGUUUAUACUAGUAUUAGUACCAUCGAUCACGAUCAAAUAAAUCAAAUCAAUGUAUUUUUAAACCGAAUCAUCAGCACCAGCAGACAAUUUCUCCUCCUUGUUGGGCAUAUCACUUGAAGAUCCUCUCAGUAGAGUUCGUGACUUCUUCUACCUCCUCUCUCUCUUCUACCUCCUCUCUCUCUUCUACCUCCUCGUCGCACUCUUCUACCUCCUCUCACUUCUAAUCUAUCCUCCACCGCAGCAGGUGUCUCCGCAUCAGCUUUGACCUCGCCACUGAACGUGAAACCGCUAGUUUUAGCGAGAGCACUCUGCGAUUUGGUAAAUGGAAGUGGAGACGCACCUGAUCAGCCAGAAAGCAUUCAGGGAUUGCUUUACUUAUGACAAAAGGCUUUUGUCGACUACGCCCGUCUACGCCCAUGUAAUGUAAUGCAAUAAAUGUAAUGUAGUGAUGUUGAUGCUGAACAAAACAGCACCCUAGAAGUAGUACUUCAGAUCACCAACAAGAAUUCAGUCUUUAUUCUUCAUCCCAGUGGAUCCUCGUGGUUGUAAGACAUCCUCAAACUUCUCAGAGAUACAACUACUUACGGACUUCUGUGAAGUUGAACUUCUGCGAACCAAAAUUGACUUAACUACUCGAAACUUUGAAAUAAGCGAGUAACAACUAUCUGAAAUAAUAGAGUCAACACUACGUUGUUCUUCUUUCAGAAGUAUUUUGAUUAUUCUCUAGUUUUUCGAGUACAUGAUCUUCAGUCUCGCCUUCUUCUAAACUUCGUCCCCGUGAACUCCCUCGAUCGAAUGGAGGCGUCACAUCUAGAGGUCCUCUACGCCUUAUUGCAGAGGAAGUUCCUAGAGACUCCCGGAGACGGCGGCGGUCCUAUGGAGGAGUGGCUCUCCAUAUACGACGCCCUGAAGAAAUACAUCUUCGUCGCAUUAUUGGAGCCGGAGUUUCACGCUUUGGCGUGCACAGUGUUGAGACAUGGAUUUUGGAGUCCAGAUGCGGGUCAGACGAGACAGAUUUUCGUUCGCAAUUCGCAGGACACGUUCGUCUCCAUGUACGGUCUGGCCGUUGCGGGUAGUGCGCAACAGGAAUUGGUGAGUGAGCAGGAACUCAUGGCAUUUUUGCAGGAUGCUAUGCAAGACAGCGAGUUGAAGUCGGCGUUGAAGAAUUUGUUCAGACACUUCAAGGAGAAGAGUCCCGAACAGUUUGCACAAAGCAAAUUGCAAGGGUUGUUGUAGAAGAAAGAGGAACAAGAAUGUCCAGAUCGGUAACUAGAUCAAUUAUACUAGAAACACCUACACAGCCUACCGGCAUUGACAUAGUAGUUGUACUAGUCGAUGCUGAUAAAUGUUAUCCAAGUGAAAUAAAUAGAACUGCCCUUAUUUCUCCAUCGUAGUGACUGAGUAACGCAACUUUCUCUGAUCUUUUGUUGUUUGCCUAGUAAGUGUGAUACAGAUAUCUUUCGUUUAUGAGUGUGACAUCGGAUUUUCGCGUAUUAAUUGGCAAUGUUUUUUUCUACCUAGUCGUGUAUCUAGUAGUGUGAGUGUGAGAUUAGUGAAUCAAUUACCAUUUGAAUAGCACAGCGGGCAGUGAUCAACAUCUAACGAAGAUACAGGAAACACGAUAAGAUAAUGAUCGAAAUCGCUCGCUCUAAAAACUCAAAGAUGAAUAGACUAGGUGAGACAGGGCAGUUUUUGCGUAACAAGUCAAGAUUUGAGGACUAGCUCGAUGACUACAGAUACAGAUCGAAUCUCUUUCCCAAACGCAAACACUCUCUUACAAAAUUAAAUUUCACUUAUGAGAAUUGUAUUCGGAGUUCCAGGUAGAGGCGCCAUUUAUUGCGUGCUGCGUGACCAAAAAUCGAC